AAGCCUACCUGAUAGCAAUACAAGGAAAGGAAUUUCCCUUUUCUCAAGCUCCAAUCUCUCAGACCCACAAAUCUUCUCUCUCUCUCUCUCUCUCUCUCUCUAGGACAGAGAAAAACACCUGGUCCGUGAAAAAUCAGUACCAAAAAGCAUUGUUUCUCUUUCUUCAUCUUCUUCAACUUCUUCUUAUAGCAUUGUUUUGGUUUAGUCAUUUUUCUCUGUUUGGGUCUUUGGAAAAAUGUCUUGUUGAUAAAGAAGGGUAAUGGGCAUUCCAUACACAACCCAUGUUCUAGAAUGCACUACUUUUUGCACCUCAUUUGUUUGCUUCCUCUUGUUUUUGUUCCUUUCUUGUGCUUUUAGCUCUCUUCGCUUCGUAUUGAGCAUCUGGGUUCUGUUCUAAAUCCACUGAUUGGUGUACUUCUUCUCUGUUCUCUGCAAUCCUUGUUCCAAAAAAAAAAAAAAAGAAAAAAAAACCUUCUUUUGGAGUUUUAGAUUUCUGGGCAUUUUUUAUUUUCCCUCUAUGAUAAAGAAAAGCAAAGGUUUUGCUAGAAGGAAAGCCUGUGAUGAAAGAAGAUGACUUUCUCUAAAAAAGUUAUCUUCUUGAGAAAAAUAGUAAGCAAGAUUUGGUUCUGGAGUUAGAAAAAGGAGAAAAGGAUCUUAUUUAUGGCUCUUUAAUCCCUGCUUUCUGGGUCUUUUGCUGAAAUUUAUUUUGUUUCAGAAACAUUAGAAGGCAAAACCAAGCAAUAUGGAGGUUUUGUUUUGGUUAUGUCUUCUUUUGCUAGUUGGGUCUCUGUCAAAGUCCCAGUUUGUAGUUUUCCAGCUCCAAGAUGAUCAAAACACAUUGUCAGCCAUUAACAAGGAGCUUGCAGUGCCUGGAUGGGGCACCAACAGCUCAGAUUACUGCUCUUGGCCUGGAAUAUUCUGUGGCGCAAACCAUUCGAUGGUCGAAAAGCUCGAUCUUUCCCACCGCGAACUCCGAGGUAAUGUGACUCUUGUUUCUCAGCUCAAAGCCUUGAAGUGGCUAGACCUGUCUUACAAUAACUUCCACGGUUCAAUUCCUUCAGCUUUUGGAAACAUGUCUGAGCUUGAGUUUCUUGAUUUGUCUUUGAAUAAGUUUGAGGGGCCAAUACCAUCUGAGUUGGGUGGUCUCAGAAACCUUAGGUCCUUGAACCUCUCAAAUAACUUGCUUGUAGGAGAAAUACCAGAUGAACUUAAGGGCAUAAAGAAGUUGCAAGAGUUUCAAAUUUCUAGCAAUAGGUUGAAUGGCUCUAUCCCUUUUUGGGUUGGGAAUUUGACCAAUCUUAGAGUUUUUACAGCCUAUGAGAAUUUUCUAGGCGGUAAAAUCCCGGAUAAUUUAGGGGCAGUUUCUGAGCUGCAAUUGCUGAAUCUGCAUUCUAACCAGCUUGAAGGGGUUAUACCAAAGAGCAUUUUUGCUUUGGGAAAGUUGGAGGUAUUGAUUCUCACCCAGAAUAGGUUGAGUGGUGAUGUGCCCGAAGAGAUUGGGAACUGCACAGGUCUUUCUAGUAUAAGAAUUGGGAACAAUGACCUUGUAGGCGCCAUUCCCCGAGCGGUCGGGAACAUUAGUAGCCUCACUUACUUUGAAGCAGACGACAACAAUCUGUCUGGUGAGAUUGUUGCCGAGUUUGCUCAGUGCACUAAUCUGACCCUCCUGAAUUUAGCCUCGAAUGGGUUCACCGGGACGAUUCCACGUGAGCUUGGACGGCUUAUGAAUCUGCAGGAGUUGAUUCUUUCUGGCAACAGUCUGUUUGGAGAGAUUCCAGAGUGGAUUCUCGGGUGUAAGAAUCUUAAUAAGCUGGAUCUAAGCAAUAACAGAAUCAAUGGUUCUUUGCCAGCUGAUAUCUGUAACAUGUCUAGAUUACAGUACUUGCUGUUGGGUCAGAACUCAAUUCGGGGAGAGAUACCUCGUCAGAUUGGAAGCUGCGGAAAACUGCUCGAGUUGCAAAUGGGUAGCAACUAUUUGACUGGCACUAUCCCUCCUGAGAUUGGUCACAUUAAGAACUUGCAGAUAGCCUUGAAUUUGAGCUUCAAUCAUCUGCACGGGACACUUCCUGUCGAGUUAGGGAAACUUGACAAGCUGGUUUCUUUGGAUGUCUCCAAUAAUCAGCUCACUGGAAAUAUCCCACCUGCAUUGAAAGGAAUGUUGAGCUUGAUAGAGGUUAAUUUUUCAAAUAAUCUGUUCACUGGACCAAUACCGACUUUUGUGCCAUUUCAAAAGAGCCUAAAUUCAAGUUUUGUGGGGAAUAAAGGACUCUGUGGAGAGCCUUUGAACUCUUUAUGUGGAGACUCCUACAGUCCUGAUCAUGAAAGCCAUCAUAAGGUCUCCUACAGGAUCAUCCUGGCUGUUAUUGGUUCUGGUUUGACGGUUUUUGCAUCUGUUACCAUAGUUGUUCUGCUGUUUAUGAUGAGGGAGAAGCAAGAAAGAACUGCCAAAGCUGCAGGGAUUGAAGAAGAUGUGGAAAAUAACCGACCAUCGAUAAUAGCAGGAAAUGUUUUCGUUGAGAACCUAAGACAAGCAAUAGAUCUCGAGGCUGUUGUAAAGGCAACCAUGAAGGAUUCGAACAAGCUCAUCAAUGGUACCUUCAGCACAGUCUACAAGGCAAUUAUGCCAUCCGGGAUGAUUCUGGCUGUCAAGAGAUUGAAAUCCAUGGACAGAACAAUCAUUCACCACCAGCACAAGAUGAUCAGAGAGCUUGAAAGGCUGAGCAGGCUCUGCCAUGAUAAUCUAGAGCGUCCAAUUGGGUUUGUUAUUUAUGAAGAUGUCGCUCUUUUGCUGCAUCAACACUUGCCCAACGGGACACUAGCUCAGCUUCUUCACGAAUCCACAAAGCAACCUGAGUAUGAGCCUGAUUGGCCGACAAGACUCUCCAUUGCAAUUGGAGUGGCAGAAGGGUUGUCUUUCCUCCAUCACGUGGCGAUUAUCCAUCUUGACAUUUCCUCUGUCAAUGUCCUUUUAGAUGCCAACUUCAGGCCGUUGGUUUCUGAGAUUGAGAUAUCAAAGCUUUUAGAUCCAUCGAAAGGCACUGCAAGUAUAAGCGCAGUCGCAGGCUCUUUUGGCUAUAUUCCUCCAGAGUAUGCAUACACUAUGCAAGUUACAGCACCAGGAAAUGUUUAUAGCUAUGGCGUCGUCUUGCUUGAGAUUCUUACCACGCGGUUUCCGGUGGAUGAUGCCUUUGGAGAAGGGGUAGAUUUGGUGAAGUGGGUUCAUAGUGCACCUUCCAGAGGGGAAACCCCAGAGCAGAUACUCGAUGCGAGGCUCAGCACCGUUUCGUUUGGUUGGAGAAAAGAAAUGCUUGCGGCUCUUAAGGUUGCAUUGCUCUGCACCGACAGCACAUCAGCUAAAAGGCCUAAAAUGAAGCAGGUUGUGGAGAUGCUUCAAGCAAUAAAACAGAACUGAUGAGAGGAUCAUAACCUAAACUUCUGAGUUGUAAAAUCCCAAUUGGAUCAAAAAGCUCAUCGCAAAAGAAGCGGUUUUCCACGCAAAAUCUGUUCGUACCAGUUUGCAUUCUUGGAUUAAACAUCCAGCUUGUUCUGUAUUAAAAGCAUUAAUAUGAAUUGGAAUAGAAAUAGGUGGUGGGUUGAUCCAAGGAGAGGCCUCCAGUGAGUGAGGAGCACACUGAGAUCAUGUUACAUAUUUCACAGUAAUUAUAAAUUUAUAAUGUCUGUUUGUGGUUUUA